AUGGCAGUCCUAGUCGGACCACUUUCACUGCAUCCUUCCUUUGCAGACUUAUCUGCUGAACAAAAUCGAGAGCCGCAAAGUUCUGAGCAAGAUGGACAAGUUAUAUUGAGGUCAGCUGUGCUAUCGCGAUGUGGGACCUCCUUGAGGUGGAUUACCUGUCCCUCUCGGUUGCAUGGAUAAAACUUCGAAUAUCGUGUUCUUAUCAUGAGCUGAUUGUUUUUACAUAUAGUCUCAAAACAACCAACACCAUGGUACUGUUUCAAAUUUGAGGCUUCCUUAUAAGCUGCAUCCGUAGAUAAGCAGCGUGAUGAAUGGGAGAAAACCUGA